AUGUUGCGCUGUCUCACAGCGGUAUGGCGAUGUGCGGCAAAAGAUGGUAAAGGGAACGGGAAGCGCGCUUCUUUGGCGCGGCGCACUGUCAUUCACUCUCGUGUGCCUUCUAUCGGCCCUUCCUACGCUUCCCUUUCUUCGCUCGGCGGAACUACCAACCACGGCGAACUUUCAAAGUGUUUUUCUAGCUCAAAGGCAGCAAAGGGAACAACUGAAGGAAAAAUGUCUGGUAAUAAGAGCGUCAGUGGCGGAGGUCCACUUGAAAAUUUUGACGAAGAACUAAACUUUUCCAAAAUGGAGGAAGAGGUGCUGCAACACUGGGAGCGGGUUGAUGCAUUCCGCGAAACCCUCAAGCAGUCGAAAGGAAAAAAACCAUACAACUUUUAUGAUGGCCCACCCUUUGCCACCGGUUUGCCCCACUACGGCCACCUCUUGGCUGGCACCAUCAAAGACAUUGUCUGCCGCUACGCCCACCAAACUGGCCACCAUGUGGAACGCCGGUUUGGAUGGGAUUGCCACGGGCUUCCUAUUGAGUUUGAGAUUGACAAGACACUUGGAAUUAAAUCUUCCCACGAUGUGAAGGCCUAUGGGAUUGCCAAGUACAAUGAUACGUGUAAGAAUAUUGUGAUGCGUUAUUCGGAGGAGUGGCGCAGGACAGUAAAUCGCAUGGGGCGUUGGAUUGACUUUGAUAACGACUACAAGACGAUGUAUCUUUCUUACAUGGAGUCUGUUUGGUGGGUUUUUAAGGAGUUGUGGAAUAAGAAUCUUGUUUAUCGCGGGUUUAAGGUGAUGCCAUUUUCGACAGGAUGCACAACUCCACUCAGUAACUUUGAGGCCAAUUCAAAUUAUAAGGAUGUGAGCGAUCCAUCUGUAAUGGUUACUUUCCAGACAAGGGAUGAUCCAAACACGUACCUUAUAGCUUGGACAACGACACCGUGGACACUGCCAAGUAAUUUGGCACUUUGUGUACAUCCCAAUUUGGACUAUGUGAAGGUCUUGGACACAAAAACAAAACGACACUACAUUGUCGGUGAAUUGCGCCUUGGAGAAGUUUUCCCAAGCAAGAAGAAGGGUGCUCAUAAAGGAGAUGAGGCACCGCCAUACGUUAUUGUUACUCGCAUGAAAGGAACUGAACUUGUCGGGACAAAAUACGAACCACUCUUCCCCUAUUUUAAAUCGACCUAUGGGGAAACCGCUUUUCGUGUUAUUAGUGAUACUUAUGUUACAACAGAUAGUGGUACAUGCGUCGUGCAUCAAGCACCUGGAUUUGGUGAGGAGGACUAUCGGAUAUGCAUCUCUAACGGUAUUUUAAAGAAAGAAGAAGUGUUGUGUCCUGUUGAUGAAAACGGGGUGUUUCAUUCGGAUGUGACUGAUUUUUGUGGCCGUUACGUGAAGGAAGCGGAUUCAGACAUUUUAAAGCACUUGGAGUCGAGAGGGUUGGUGCAUAGCAAAGGAUCCGUGGUCCAUAGUUAUCCUUUCUGCUGGCGAAGUGAACUACCUUUGAUCUACAAGGCGGUGGACUGUUGGUUUGUCAAUGUGGAGUCGUUACGUGACCGUUUGUUGGCGGCGAAUGAUAAAACGAAUUGGGUUCCCGAGUUUGUGAAGACCCGGCGUUUUUCCAACUGGCUAGCAGAUGCCAAGGAUUGGAAUCUUUCUCGCAACCGCUACUGGGGCACACCCCUGCCCAUUUGGCACAGCGAAGAUUGGGAGGAAAUGGUGUGCGUCGGUAGCGUGAGGGAGUUGGAGGAGCUUUCCGGUGUGACGGGCAUUACAGACAUACACCGACAAUUUGUGGACAACAUUACGAUUCCAAGUAAGCGACCAGGCAUGCCUCCGCUGCGUCGUGUGGAGGAGGUGUUUGACUGUUGGUUUGAGUCUGGAUCGAUGCCGUAUGCCCAGUCUCACUACCCCUUUGAGAAUCAGAAGGAUUUUGAGACGCAUAGGUUUCCAGCGGAUUUUGUGGCGGAAGGAUUGGAUCAGACCCGGGGCUGGUUUUACACCCUGCUUGUCCUUGGCGUUGCCCUUUUUGACGUCUCGCCCUUUAAAAAUGUUGUUGUCAACGGUCUCAUCCUCUCGGAGGAUGGAAAGAAGAUGAGUAAGCGGUUAAAGAACUAUCCGGAACCAAAUAUUAUAAUUGAUACAUAUGGUGCCGAUGCACUGCGUAUGUAUAUGAUUAAUUCUCCCGUGGUUCGUGCCGAGCCGCUGCGUUUCCGCGAACAGGGUGUGCGAGGCAUCGUCAAGGAUGUGUUACUACCACUUUUCCAUGCAACUAAAUUUUUUAUUGCAAACGCCAACUACUGUGUGUUGAGCGGUGGAACUGUUUCUCUGGAUGUCGUCAGCACAAAUGAGAUGGAUCGAUGGAUUUUGGCGUCAACGCAAACCUUGCAACAAUAUGUACGGCGGGAGAUGGAGCGGUACCACUUGUACAACGUCAUUCCAGGUGUUUUCCGGUUUGUUGUGGAUCUUUCCAACUGGUAUGUUCGUAUGAAUCGCCGCCGUAUGAAGAACGCUGUGGAUCAAGAAGAUCGUUCACAAGCUUUAUCUACGAUGCUGACAGUUCUCUUUUCCGUUUCCCGCAUACUGUCCCCCAUUGUUCCGUUUGUGGCAGAGAUGUUGUACCAACGCAUCAAACCACUUCUUCCUACGUCUGAGCAGGUGGAUUCCGUGCACUACCUCAUGUUCCCUGAAGAUGAUAAGGGGAAACAUGACGAACUAUUGGAACGUGCCAUGACACGUAUGAUCACCAUUGUCGAUCUUGCUCGUGUGCUUCGGGACCGUAUGGUGAUCUCCAUGAAGCGUCCUGUAAGGCAAGUCAUUAUUGUGCAUCCUGAUCAGUCGUAUUUGGACGAUGUUCGUAAGGUGGCUGAGUAUAUUAAGGAUGAGAUUAACACAUUUGAUGUGGUUCUGUCAUCUGGCGAAGAGUAUGUUUCAACACACUUGGAUGCCAAUAUGGAGGCUUUGGGGAAACUAUACCGCAAGGAUGCUCCUCAGAUCCGUAAGGCGAUUCAGCAACUGACUCCAGAGGAGGUGGCAAGGUUCAUUCAAAGUGGGAAGAUGGAGGUGUGCGGAAAGCUCAUCACCGUCGACGAUGUCAAGGUGGUGCGCAAGAUCAAGGAUGGCUUUACGGAUUUUGAGAGCAACACCGACAACGAUGUGGUGGUACUUUUGGACAAACGCGAGGAACAGGCUCUGGUGGAUUCCUGGCGGGCGCGGGAGUUUGUCAACCGCGUGCAGCAGCUGCGAAAAAAGGUGAAGCUUGUGGUAACAGACAUGGUGGACGUGUACUUUGAGUCAGGGGACGUGGAGCUCACGAACUCCAUCCUCAAUUGUGCAGAGCAGGUCAACAAGACCAUUCGGGGCAAAUGGGAGACGAUGGAUAAACUACCGGCAGACGCGAAAUUUGUUGCCGAAGAGGACAACAGCAUUUCCGGUGUUGGCAUUAAGAUUGUCUUCACGGAGGUUUCGGCCUGA